AUGGCUUGCUGUGUCCCCUGCUGCUGCAGCGUCCCCACCGGCCCCGCCACCACCAUCUGCUCCUCUGACAGAUGCUGCCGGUGCGGAGUCUGCCUGCCCAGCACCUGCCCACACACGACUUGGUUACUGGAGCCAACCUGCUGUGACAACUGCCCCCCACCCUGCCACAUUCCCCAGCCCUGUGUGCCCACCUGCUUCCUGCUCAACUCCUGCCAGCCCACCCCGUGCCUGGAGACCAUCAACCUCACAACCUAUACCCAGCCCAGCUGUGAGCCCUGCAUCUCAAGCUGCUGCUGAGUGAUGGCUGCUUUGCUCCGUGCCUGAUCCUGGAAGAGUCAACCCAGAAGCUUUCGUGUUCACCUGUCUCGUUACCUGCAACUAACUGACUCUGCUUUCCAAGUUGGAACAAGGAUGAUGUUAUCACUGACAACUCUCCCUCAAAAAGAAAUCAAGAGACUUUUGAUGGCCAUAUGGUAGAUAUCAGUG